AGUUGAGCUUCCCAAGAUGACAUCGUAGGUUCCUUACAUAAGCAGAUUUAUGUUCUUAUCACCACGUGACUCCACCAGGAUCGAAGGGCUUACGGAUACGCAUCCAUCGUCCAUCGCGUCGCAAACUCGAAGCUCCAAAGCUCCCAAUUCGUCCUCCCACUCAAAGUCGCCCAGCUUGUCGGAAUAACCUCGUCGACAUUUCCAGAUAACAUGGCGCCCGCUCAGCCAGAACUUAAGAAGUAUCUCGACAAGAGGCUGUUUGUACAGCUCAACGGGAGCCGCAAGGUCAUUGGAAUUCUCCGCGGCUAUGAUGUUUUCCUCAACGUUGUUCUUGACGACGCCGUAGAAGAGAAGGAGGGUGGAGAGAAGGUGCGGAUAGGCAUGGUGGUCAUCCGCGGCAACUCGGUCGUCAUGAUGGAGGCUCUCGAGAGGAUUGGCGGAGACGAGCGACAUCGACAGUAGAGGACGUGAAGUUUCAGACCCCCAAUGGAGAGACCCCCCAACGAAGACACCUCGAGGGAGACUUUGAGGUCUUGCUACCUCUAUUCACAUCGGAUUUAUCGUGAGGAUAUCGUACCACGGCGUUACGAGGCGUACCUGGACUCGGCGACACGAAUCAGAGAGAGAAGAAGAAGAAGAAGAAGAAGAAGGGCGCGAGGGCUUUUUAGAGAGUGGGAAUACGGACAACAGCGGGUUUUGCCAUGUUACAUCCGUC